GCUCACGGUGGGAAUCGGAAUCGAUCGCCACGAAUGCGGAGUGGCUACUAGCGGGAGAAGACGACGAUGCGGCACUCAAUCACCGUCACCAAGAGGAAGCGAUCUUUAAUUUCGGAAACAUCGGUGAACAUAUACAAAAAAUCCAAUAAUCACGAGUCAAUACCCCGACCACUUGGAGCCCGAACCCUAAAAUCCCACCCUUCCAGCCGGCGAAGUAAGUCUUCUCGCCGCCGGCGACGGAUAAGCAAGGAGAAGAUCUCGAGUUCUUCUGAGCGCGAAUGGGUGUUUUCCGCUAGCAAUUUUAGAAAUCUCAAAGGUCUGUGCAAUGCAAUCACACUCGAUAAAGUAGUUUUAGUCUCGUACAAUCUACUUGGCGUUGACAAUGCGUCGAACCACAUGGACUUGUAUUUCAACGUUCCGCCGAGGCACCUGGAGUGGAGUAGACGGAAACAUCUCAUAUGCAAGGAGAUUGGUGGCUAUAAUGCAAGCAUCUUAUGUCUUCAGGAGGUUGACCGCUUUGAUGAACUAGAUGGUCUUCUUAAAAAUAGGGGCUUCCAAGGUGUUCACAAGAUUCGUACUGGAGAAGCGAGUGAUGGUUGUUCUAUAUUCUGGAAAGAGAAACUAUUUAAACUUCUACACCAUGAAGAAAUAGAGUUUGAUAGAUUUGGCCUGCGAAACAAUGUUGCUCAACUUUGUGUCUUAGAGAUGAACUGUGAGGACCCAAAAUCUAAAUUAUGCACGCAAUCUUCAAAGCAAACAUCUACAAGUUCUCGAAGGCUAGUGGUUGGGAAUAUACAUGUCCUGUUCAAUCCUAAGCGUGGGGAUAUCAAGCUAGGCCAGGUCAGACUCUUUCUAGAGAGGGCUUACAAGUUAUCACAGGAAUGGGGAAAUAUUCCAGUGGCAAUUGCUGGUGAUCUGAAUAGCACUCCAAAGAGCCCAAUCUAUGAUUUCGUAACUUCAGCGGAUUUGGAUACACAACUCCAUGACCGCAGGCAUAUUUCUGGUCAGUCUGAACUUGAUACAAAGGAGAGGUUAUUUAGAAACCAUUAUGCCUUUAGUGCUGCCUAUGCGUCACGAAUUAAUGAAUGGAGUCAGGAAGAACUACAGCUUGCAACUGGUGGUCAAGCAACUACUCAUGUCCAACAUCAACUGAAGCUUAACAGCGCUUAUACUGGAGUUCCUGGUACCCAUAGAACGAGAGAUCAACGCGGUGAACCUUUGGCAACAACGUAUCAUUCCAGGUUCCUCGGAACUGUUGAUUACAUAUGGCACACCAAGGAACUUGUUCCUGUGAGGGUUCUUGAAACCUUGCCAACUGAUGUUUUAGAACGAACAGGUGGAUUACCAACUGAGAAAUGGGGAAGCGACCAUCUCGCUAUCGCUUGUGAACUUGGCUUUGUCAGUGAGCGAUGAUGACACGGUUAAUAUGGCCGUGCCUACUGAAGACGUAAAGAAACAUUGCCUACGUCACUCAAUUUUUAUGUCAAACUUAGAAAUUAAAUUUGAAAAAAAAUUUAUUGUAUAUGGUUUAUGCUACAUAUAAGUUUCUAUUUUAAAGCUUUGAUCACCAAUUCACCUCUAAUAUCUCUUAACUU